AUGAAACGAUGGUCUGUUUCAGAAGGUCCUGGUAUCGAGGGAAACGGCAACUUCUUCGGCGAGCAGCAAUCCCCCAGACAAUUGCUUGCUCCAACAGCUGAACCCGAGGGCCAACCCCGGCAGUUCAUCGAAAUGGACGUACAAGGGGCAGUCAAUUAUAAUCGUGUUGCUAAUAUUUUUGGUCAUGAAAUGGCGAAAAUGAUUUGCAGUCGCCAUCCGGCCAUGGCCUCAUCGAAGACUGUGCUCAACAAAUUGGCUGACUUUAUACUGAACGAACAUAUGGGCAACCGGGACAGCCAGCCCGCGAGCAACAGUCAGUCUGUCAGCCAAAUACUGGAGGAAUAUAAGGAUAACGGGAGCACUGCCAUUCACAUAGUCGCGAAUGGCAGUCAGACUACGGCGGGUACCAAUUCGGUUAUCGAGAGUGAGCUAAUCCGUAUAGAGCCGGAUUUGAUUCCAGCGGCCAUGAACCUGGAAGAUGGACUGACUGAAGAUACUGGUACUGGAUCUGACACUGAUGGCGAGGAAAUAGACCUCAUUCAGUUUUCGGAUUCAGAAUAG